CCCACUUCUGAGCACCAAUGGCUUCUCAGGGCAAAGAGCUGCUCCCCAGCUCUGUCCCUGCCCCGGGCAGUUUUGCUCAGCUGCUGAGGAGGCAGGAUGGGGAAGACGGUGCGGGAUCACCUCGUGGACACCCUAGAAGAGCUGGGGCAGGACCAGUUUAAGAAGUUCAAGACCAAGCUGAACGCGUUCCCAGUGAGGGAGGGAUACGGCAACAUCCCCCGGGGCCGGCUGGAAAAAGCUGAUGCCCUGGAUGUGUGCGACAAGCUGAUCAGCUUCUAUCGGGAGGAGUAUGCGGUGGAGGUGACAGUGGAGGUCCUGACAGACAUCAAUGAGAGGGAGCUGGCAGCCAGACUCCGCAGGGCAACAGGGACUGGAUCCGGGGGCAAGGGGCAGCAGCCAGAGCCAUCCGACAGUGCCACAGGAAAGGAAGGAUCCGGGGGCAAGGGGCAGCAGCUAGAGCCAUCCGACAGUGCCACAGGAAAGGAAGGUUCUGGUGGCAAGGGGCAGAAGCCAGGGCCAUCCGACAGUGCAACAGGAAAGGAAGAGGAGCAUUUUGUCGAUCGAUACCGAGUGCAGCUGAUUGAACGUACCACCCCUGUGGAGCCCAUUCUGGACCUUCUUCAUGCGACUGUUCUGGACAACGAGCAGUACCAGACCAUUCGAUCUGGGAGCACCAGCCAGGAGAAAAUGCGGAAGCUGUAUCAGCUAAUGCCAAGCUGGAAUAAAAAGUGCAAGGACCAGUUCUAUGAGGCACUGAAAGCCAAGAAUAGGUUCCUCAUUGAAGACCUUGAGGGAAAUUAAGACAACCAAGAAGUUACGUUCCUUGUGAACAUGCAGCCAUUCCAGGUGCAUGCAACGCUAGCUCCAGAUUCCACAUGGCUUUCUGGGCAGGGUGGUGCUUUCACCACUUCGCUAACAUUGUUUCAGGGUAAAAAACCUCUUUCCAGCACUCCCUUCGGGGGUUGAAUGGGGGAGCCUGUGAUGUGAUGCAGCAGUGAGGAGGUCGCUAAGGACUGUCUACACUGCAACUAAACACCGCUGCAGAUGGCCCGUGGCAGCUGAUAUAGGUUAACGAGGCUCAGGCUAAGGAGCGGUUUAAUUGCAGCAUAGAUGUGUGGGUUUAGGCUGGAGCCUGGGCUCUGGGACCCUCCCUCCCCAUGGGGUCCCAGAACUCAGGCUCCAGCCUGAGCUAAAACAACAUCUACAAACACAGUUAAUCUGCCCCUAAGCCUGAGCCUGAGUCAGCUGACAUGGGCCAACCAUGAGUUUUUAAUUGCAGUGUAGACAUCCCUUACUGGCUUUAGGGUAAGUCCAUGAUGGAUGGGAUCCCAGUAAGAGAAUGGAGCAGAGCUCUAAGGUGCUAAAAGGCUGCACAAGGAUUGCUUGCCAAGCUCUGAAAUGGGGGUAUCGCUCAGCAUCGCUCACCCAGUGCACCCACCUCUGGGGUGCAGCAUGGUAGUAGAUAACAGACGCACAGCAACGCCGCACAGGGAUCACUCAUCUAUACCUGAAAUGCAGCCGCCUCUGGGGUGGGUUAUAGGUGCUGGAUUUUACGAAAACUGGACACCAUAGUGAAACCAACAUCUUACAACAAAUGGUGUGAGGCUAUGUGGACAAUGGGGGGAGUUGUACUGUAGCACAGGAGUGCGCAAACAGCAGGGCAAACCUCCCUAGGGGGGCACAGAGGAACAUGCAGGAAGGUGAGUGUUGACACCAGGUGACUGAUGUCACCUCCAGCCCCUGACUCAUCUCAGCAGGCCACCCAGCCUGGGGGUCAGUGUGCUGUGCCAAUUUCCACCCCUAGCAGCCUCCUCUUCCAGCACUGGAUCUUCUCCCAGAGACUGUCGCAGGCGCCUUCCCCAACCCCUGAAAACCUGAGUGGAGAGGGGCAGGUAUUGGCCCUGCUCUAGCAGGGCAGCCUGGUUG